AGAUUUUCAACGUCCCUUGCGUAAGCCACAUUUUCUCGGUUAUUCUUUUUUUUGCGUAACUGUUCUCCGGUUGUCUUUCUAUAGUUCUUCUCAACAUAAGAGGGAUAUUUUUGCCGGGAUCAUGUUUUCUCCCUCAACUUUACAGCCACAGGUUGUGACAGCGCUGACACAGUUUUCGUCACUCCUGAAUGGAGCCCGCAUUUCCUCAACAGAGAGUUGGAUAGGCAACAAUCAUCGCAAAAGUCGUCAGAGAAAAAACAGGACACAGGAUGAUAAACAUUUAGAGGCAGAUAUCCGACAGAUGGAACAGUUGAUCAGUUUUCUAAAUCUGGAGCACCUGCCAAAGAACUUGUCAUCUUUAGAGUUAUCUCCCCUGACAAGUCACCUUAAGCCUGGGAGACAGACAAUACACAGUUAUGCUUCCUCUCCAACUUUUUUUGAAAACAAAUAUGGGUUUGAAGAAGCAAGUUUUGAUAGAGCUGUACAUGCAUCUAGGAUUUGGGAACCCAGACUUUUACUAAGACCUCAAGAAUUCAGACACACACAGAUUCGUGGAUUUCACAUCCGGCGUGACACGGGGACAGAGACAGGGAGACAGGACCUGAGUGAUAUCAAAAAGAUCUUGACAAAUUUUGAAUCAAGGCUACAAGCAACCUUGAAGGACUUUGCAAGCUCUAAGACAAACACGAAUGUCGACCUGCUGAAGUCCCAACAGAUGAAGGGUCUGGAGGAGAAGUACCUGACCCUGAUAGAACAGAUCAAGGAGGAGAAGAAGAAAAAAUCCAUGUCUCAGGUCCUCAACACCUUCACCAGCUAUCUACUGAGGCUGUUACUGCUCGGCUUCGUCAUCACCUUCCUCUACCGAUCUACAAAGCUGUUAAACAACACAAAGACGUUCACCAUUGUAGACAAGGAAAGCAUCAAAGAAAAGUUUGAAGAUGUGCAGGGAAUGGAUGAAGCCAAAGAAGACAUGAUGGACGUAGUUAAAUUCCUGCAGAAUCCAAGAAGUUUUACAGAAGUCGGUGCCAAGAUACCAAAAGGAAUUUUAUUGGACGGACCUCCUGGCGUGGGGAAAACUCUGUUAGCCAGAGCUGUAGCAGGGGAGGCUGGAGUACCGUUUAUUUUUGCCGCAGGGUCAGAGUUUGAGGAGGUUUUUGUGGGUGUAGGGGCUAAGAGAGUCAGAGAGUUAUUUGUGACGGCUAAGAGGAAUGCCCCCUGUAUAGUGUUUAUUGACGAGAUUGACAGUUUGGCUGCUAAGCGAACUUCUAGUCCUUUUGUACAUCCUGCGGCCAAUCAGUGUAUAAACCAGCUGUUGACGGAAUUAGAUGGAUUUGAGCAGUCAUCAGGGAUUAUUUUGAUUGGAGCCACAAACAGGAAAGAUGUCAUUGAUCCAGCCAUGCUGCGGCCCGGGCGUUUUGACAUGCACAUCUCCGUAGAGGGACCAGACCAGAAAGGACGGGAGAAACUGUUCAAACUUUACCUGGGCAAAGUCAGGAGUGACCCAACUAUCAAUGUGGAGAAUUUGGCAAAAGGUGUUGUUGGUUUGACAGGUGCCGACAUCAGUAACUUGGUGAACCAGGCGGCACUAAAGGCGGCUAAAGAUGGAGCCAACAUUGUGUGUAUGAGUCACCUGGAGUGGGCCAAGGAUAAGAUACUUAUGGGUGCAGAAAAGAAGACGCGGACCCCUGAUGAGGAGGCUAACUGGGUAACGGCGAUUCACGAGGCUGGUCAUGCUAUAGUGGGGCUGGAGUCCAAGACCUCGUCCUCUCUAGUGUAUAAAGCUACGAUAAUGAAACGUGGACAGGCGCUGGGUCAUACCCAGUUUCUGCCGGAGAAGGAGGAGUAUACACACAGUCGGGCCCAGCUGAUGGCUCAGAUGGACAUCGCGAUGGGGGGACGUGUCGCCGAGGAAAUCAUGUUUGGGACUGAUAAAGUCACCACAGGAGCAGCUUCUGACUUCAGUCAGGCCACAAAGAUAGCCAAGAGUAUGGUGAUGAUGUACGGAAUGUCCGAGUCGCUUGGAGCCCGUGUUUACAGUGAAGAAGACCUUCAGCUACUGAGUUCUCACAUGAGGAAAGAAAUUGAUGAUGAGGUCAAUCAACUUUUACAGGAGUCAUAUUGCCGAGCCAAAACAGUUCUGACAAAUAAAAAAGACAAACUAAAGAAACUUGCCGAAAACUUAAUGAAAUAUGAAACUCUGGAUAUGGAGGAAAUAAAACAAGUCAUGGCUGGAAAGGAAGUAGUCAGGACGUGACUGUAGCAUCAUGGGAUACCUUGCUGUAGCAUCAUGGGAUGCAUUGAUGUAGCAUCAUGAGAUAUCAUGACAGAAAGAUUUGUGGAGAAAGGGUGUGAGAAAAAAAGUUUCAUUGGCUGAAUGCUGUGAUGUGAAUAUCAGUGAAAUCUGAUUGGACGACAGAACUUUUCAUUAGUCAGAGAUAUUCAUCAUGUUUGUUCAAAUUAUC